CCUGAUUGACUUGUUGGACUUCACAUAAUGUUUUGGCGCCUUUGCUCGAAACAUUGAUUCUGUUAAUGAAUAGCAUUCUUUUUAAAUUUAGAAAUUAAUGGCUGAAUGUACAAUUUGUGGAAUCCAAGUAUUGUUCCCUUAUGAGCCUUAUAAAGUUCAAGAGGAUUACAUGACAAAAGUUUUAGAAUGCCUACAAAAAGGAGUCAAUGGCAUACUUGAGAGCCCAACUGGUACAGGUAAAACCCUAAGUUUACUGUGCUCAUCCCUGGCAUGGCUGGAAAGUCGCAAAGCCCAACAGCAGCUGAGUGCUAUACAGAGCUCUGUUCGAAACCAUGCUGGUGUUCUCAAAGAUUUGAAAUCAGUCUUGGAUGGAAUCACUGGAAAUUGGGAUUCAGGCACAAAUUUCAUGCUCCCAAAAAUAAUUUACAGUUCUCGUACACAUUCGCAGUUAUCGCAGGCUAUUCAAGAACUGAAGAGGAGCAGCUACAAACACACAAAAGCUGUUGCACUUGGAUCUCGAGAUCAGCUGUGCCUGCAUGCGGAGGUGAUGAAGGCGACAUCCCACACCACAAAAGUGUACAUGUGCAGAGCGAAGAUCGGAAGCAAGAGCUGUACGUAUCACAUGAACUACGAAGAGAAAAUGACCUCUCAGAGUGACUAUCAAGAUGCAACUGUUGUGGACAUAGAAGAUUUACUUACACUUGGUAAAAAGCAUAUGGUUUGUCCUUAUUAUGCUGCUCGAAAUUUGAAAGGCAAGGCUGAUAUCAUAUUCACUCCUUAUAACUACAUCAUCGACCCGAAGAGUCGGCGUGCUCAUGGCAUUGAACUGCAGGGAAAUGUUGUGAUUUUUGAUGAAGCACAUAAUAUAGAGGGCGCUUGCGAAGAGAGCAUGUCGUUCCAAUUGAAGUCUUAUGACCUUGCUUUGUGCAUAAAUGAGGUUACUCAGACAAUGGAAAAGGUGAAAGACUUUGAGAGCAAAGAUCUUUCGAGUUCCCUGAAUGAAGCUCCCGACUUUACCCUAACAGAUCUUUCAAUACUAAAAGUAAUGUUCUGCGAAUUGGAGGAGUUGCUCGACAAGGCUGUUGCAGAUACCUCAGCCUCUGAUGGCUCAAAACCUGGUGAUUAUGUGAUUGAUAUUUUAUCUAAGGUUGAGUUAACUCCAAAAAGGAAAGAAGUUGUUCUUGAUCUCUUGGACAAAAUUAUUUUAUAUCAUUCAACAAGUAUAACUAAUAUUUGGAGUUCCAAAGGUGCUGGCCUGCAGAAAUUUUCUGACCUUUUGAAUAUUUUGUAUGCAAGAUCAUCUGCUGACAGCUACAGAGAAAUGGAGUUCAAAAAGGAAUUUUCCACUAAAUAUAGGGUUUUUCUGCAGUAUGAAACUCCAAACAAAUCACAAAAUAAUUCUGAUCCUUGGGCAAAUGCUCCAAUUGGUAACAAAAAGAAAAAGAGUUGGAAAUUGGAUUGCUGGUGUUUUAAUCCUUCUUUAGGUAUGCAAGACAUAGUGGAUCGUGGGGUUCAUAGUAUUGUACUGACUAGUGGUACUUUAUCUCCUCUUGGACCAAUGAUCAAUGAAUUAGGAGUCAACUUUCCCGUAAGGUUAGAGAAUCCUCAUAUUGUGAAGGAUAACCAAGUGUUUGUUGCUGUAAUGACUUGUGGACCAGAUGGAACUCCACUCAACUCGUCUUACCAAAACAGGUCCAAUGAAAAGUACUUGAGUUCCAUGGGACGCUCUAUUAGUAAUUUUUGCAGAGUCGUACCCGAUGGUCUUCUUGUAUUUUUCCCUUCAUAUUCAGUGAUGAAAGCAAAUGUCAGCUUUUGGGAGGACAAUGGAAUUUGGCAGAAUCUUUCAGGACUGAAGCCUUUGUUCAUCGAGCCUCAAGGUAAAGAUGCCUUCCAAGAAAGCAUUGAAAAUUAUUACUCUGCCAUAAAAAAUCCUGACUCGAAAGGCGCUGCACUAUUGGCUGUUUGCCGUGGAAAGGUUAGUGAAGGAUUGGACUUUGCCGAUCAAAAUGCUCGUGCUGUAGUUAUAACAGGAUUGCCUUUUCCACCAUCUAUGGAUCCUCGAGUUAAAAUGAAAAUGAGUUACUUGAACAAUGUAGCAAAAGAAAAAAAUGGGCUUUAUGGAAAUGACUGGUAUGUUCUUCAAGCUUCUAGAGCUGUUAAUCAAGCCAUUGGAAGAGUCAUCCGGCAUAAAGAUGAUUUUGGAGCCAUAUUACUUUGUGAUAAUAGGUUUAAGGAUAAACGAAUACAGUGCCAACUCUCUAAGUGGAUUCAAGGCAGAAUACAUGUUUUUGAUUCAUUUGGACCUAUAUUGAAACAUCUAUCCAGCUUUUUCAAGGCAUUGGGCCAGAAUCCAAAUAAAAGUAAACAUAAUGUGCCAUCUUUUGGAGCAUUUCAAAUGAAUCAUUCUGUCGUUUGCCAAAAAACAGAAACUGUAAAGAAUCAGUCAGAGUCUAAGGAAAAAAAUAAGAACAACUCUGCAGCUGAAAACAUUUUUGAAGGCUAUAAACAUAAUCCAUCAGAUUCACAAAGUAACCAAAAUGCUAACUCUAGUAGUAUUUUUGAUGUUAUGGAUCAUCAACAGCAAAUACCUUCUCCUCCGAUUUUUGCAAAUACUAUUUCCUCACAGGCCAGCUCUCACGCAACAACCUCAUACUUUGACUCUCAUUCAAUCCCUCAAAAGUCUCAAGUACCAAAAAAGAAGAGAAAAAUUUCCAUAGCUCUACGUCAAGCACAGCAACCUGAAGAUAAUUUAUCUCCUACAGAGAAAUGGAAGAAAUACUUGAUUGAGGUUAAAACUUUGUUGGGUGCUACACACCAAUAUGGCGAUUUCUGCUCAGCUGUGAAGAAUUUUAAAACAACUAAACAAGUUGAAAAAUUUGCUCUGGACAUGAAAAAUAUAUUUUCAAAUAUCCCUGAUUGUGACAAUUACUUGCAAACUGCGUCUUUAUUGGUUGGAAGUCAAGACCGAGGCAAAUUCUUAGCUUUAUGCUCUUGAAUCGUUGGAGGAUAGAUCUUGUUUUGUGAGGCCUUUGCAGAUUUUGAAGAACAUUAAGUCAAAAAUCUACAUUUUUAUAAUUGACUGUAUUAAUUCAAAACAGAUGCUGUGAUUAAAACUUUCUACAACUUAUUUUAAAGAAUUACACAGCUUCACAUGUUAUUUAUGGCUGGACCAUAAUUAUA